GUAUUACGUUCUCUGAUCAAAACAUCAAAGAAAAGAAGGCAAAUGUCAAACCUGAAGGCGAAAAUGGAGCGUACAACAAUUGAUAGUUAUAUAUCUGGAAAAAGUACUCAUUCUCCAGUAAAGUCCGAACAAUCGAAAAAUGCUAAACUAGAUUCAUCUGAUGUAUCUGUUGAAAGCAACAAAAUAUUUCCUUCGUCAAAAUGGGUAAAAUUGAAUGUUGGAGGAAAGGUGUAUGUAACUACUUUGUGUACGUUAGUUAGCAAGGAGCCAGAUAGUAUGCUGGCACGUAUGUUCUCCCAAGAUGGAAUGUUACCUAGUGAACAAGAUGAACAAGGUGCCUAUCUUAUUGAUCGUAGCCCUCAUUACUUUGAACCAAUUAUCAACUACUUGCGGCAUGGGCAACUUAUUGUGGACGCUAACGUGAGUCUUGAGGGUAUUUUGGAGGAAGCUAGAUUCUUCGGCAUAUACUCACUUAUUAGUCAGUUAGAGCCACAACUUUUACAAAUUAAUAGAUCAAUCGACGAUAUACCGCUUACUCGUCGGGACGUUAUCAAAGCUUUGAUACAAACACCCCAUGCUAGUGAGCUACGUUUUCAAGGUGUUAAUCUUGCUGGUGCUGACUUGCGUAAGCUUGAUUUUCGCAACAUAAAUUUUAAGUAUGCUUGCAUGCAAAGGUGUAAUUUAUCGCAUGCCAAUUUGACAUAUUGCUGCCUGGAGCGCACCGACUUAGCCUAUGCGAACUUGGAAUGCUCGCAAUUGGUAUCAGUUAAGGGUUUGUGUGCCAAUAUGGAAGGUGCUAAUUUGCGUGGAUGUAAUUUUGAGGAUCCGACCGGUGUACGUACUAAUCUAGAGGGGGUUAAUUUAAAAGGUGCCUGCUUGGAGAGUAGUAAUAUGGCUGGAAUAAAUUUGCGAGUAGCUAAUUUAAAAGAUGCCAACAUGAAGAAUUGUAAUUUACGGUCUGCAGUACUCGCCGGCGCAGAUUUGGAACGUUGCAAUUUGUCUGGCAGUGAUUUGCAAGAAGCCAACUUACGAGGUGCUAACUUAAAAGACGCAGAAUUGACCCUCAUGGUUACACCUCUACAUAUGGCACAAGCCAUUCGAUGAGGGGUAGCUACAUUGAAUGUUACUAUUCCCUACCUUAAAUUUCCUGUGAUUUGAAUCGCUAUCGAUUUCCUGCUUGUGCUUAAUUUUUGGUGUUACGAGAGAAACGUACCUACACCUCUAUGUAUUUAUUGCGGUUAAGUUAAGGGUCGUAACAGUGAUAGUCUAUAAUAAUAUAGAAAAUAAGACUCCAAUUUUAAUCUAGGGCGUUUUUAUAUAUAAAAACGUAUUUAUAUGAAUAAAUGAGUAGAUCGGAGUUAA